GGAAUGGUGUCGCCGCCGACACGCGGCCAGCCAGAUAGAUGUCCACGCACCGCAGCAGGGCGUCCGACAGAUAGAGCGCCGUGGCCGACGACGAGAGGAUUCCAGUCCAGCAAUGUGGAUGGAGAAGAAACAUUCCAGUCCAGCAAUUUGACGCUUUGCUGUGUUGCAUUUGCAUCCACGGGAACAAAAAUCUAUAUACGCGCUUUAUGCAGCACCGUCUCCGUCUCGAUAACCGUGGCUCGUCACUGAUUAUAAUUAUGCCAAAUAGCGAGCUGAUUGAUUCUUUUCCAAGGUGACCGUUGCGCUCCCCGACACACCGACCUUUUUUCACUGAAUUGAAUUCCCGAGGUGGCAAGAAAACGGCAGCAGCAUACAUACUCACUCGACAGAUGGGAGUAUCAUCUCAUCAAAAUCAGUUUCGCUGCUGCUGCGGUUGCCUAAACCGGGCUGGGCGGAGGAAGCUACCAGAGCAGACCAGAUUAUUUGCAGCAGCCGGCCCAAGGAAGCAAGGGAGGCCGCCGGCUAUCAAGGAGGAGGAGGAGGAGGAAGCAGAUUGCAAGCUCCUCCCCCUUCCUCGAGUCUUGCUUGCUUUGAUUGCUUCUCCCCCCUCGCUUAAUCCAACCAACCAAGGGCAGGAGUUCGCUGGCAAGUUAUUUAGAGGGCAAACAUGGCUACGAUCACUGACAUUGGCGUCUCCGCGGCUUUCAACGUAUUGACUGCUAUUGCGUUCUUGCUGGCAUUUGCAUUCCUACGGUUGCAGCCGAUCAACGACAGGGUCUACUUUCCAAAAUGGUACCUCAGGGGGAUGAGAGACAGCCCAAUUUUCUCUGGUGUAGCUGUGCAGAAAUUUGUCAAUUUAGACGCCAGAUCGUACUUGAAAUUUUUAAAUUGGAUGCCGGCUGCUCUCAAGAUGCCCCAGGAUGAGUUGAUAAGCCAUGCAGGGCUUGAUUCUGUUGUCUAUCUACGGAUAUACCUAACAGGGCUCAAGAUAUUUGUUCCAAUUACAAUUUUGGCGUUUCUUGUCCUGGUCCCAGUGAACUGGACCAAUGACACCCUAGAACGCAUGAACGUAAUCUACAGUGAUAUCGACAAACUUUCAAUAUCCAAUAUACCUAAUGGGUCAAAGAGGUUUAUAGCUCACUUGACCAUGGCUUAUGCCAUCACAUUUUGGACCUGCUAUGUAUUAUUGCGGGAGUAUGAAAUUAUUGCAAACAUGAGGUUGCGCUUUCUUGCUUCAGAGAAACGCCGACCAGACCAGUUCACUGUUCUUGUGCGGAAUAUACCACCAGAUCCUGAUGAAUCAAUCAGUGAGUUUGUGGAACAUUUCUUCCUCGUCAACCAUCCUGAUCAUUAUCUAAGACACCAGGUCGUUUACAAUGCAAAUAAACUUGCCGAUCUGGUUGAAGAGAAGAAGAAGAUGCAGAAUUGGCUCGAUUACUACCGACUCAAGUAUGAGCGGAAUCCAUCAGAAAGGCCCACCACCAAGAAUGGAUUUCUUGGAUGUUUUGGUUCCAAGGUGGAUGCUAUUGACUACUACAAAUCAGAGAUUGAGAAGAUAGGGAAGGAAGAAGCUGAAGAGCGUAAAAAGGUCAUGAAGGAUCCAAAGUCAGUUGUGCCAGCAGCCUUUGUUUCGUUUCGCUCUCGGUGGGGUGCAGCAGUUUGUGCUCAGACCCAACAAACCAGCAAUCCAACAGUCUGGUUGACCGAAUGGGCUCCAGAACCUCGUGAUGUGUACUGGAAUAAUUUAUCUAUCCCAUUUGUUUCCCUCACAGUUAGGAGGUUGAUAAUUGCUGUGGCAUUCUUCUUCCUGAACUUCUUUUUUGUCAUCCCAAUAGCAAUGGUACAGUCUCUUGCAAACCUUGAAGGAAUAGAGAAGGCACUUCCAUUUCUAAAACCCUUGAUUGAAGUACCAUUCAUUAAAUCAUUCAUCCAAGGGUUUCUUCCUGGAAUUGCUUUGAGGGUCUUUCUUAUACUGCUUCCAACUAUACUGAUGUUUAUGUCUAAGUUUGAAGGACUGAUAUCACAGUCAUCACUGGAGCGCCGAUCUGCAUCUAAGUAUUAUAUAUUCUUGUUCUUCAAUGUAUUUUUGGGGAGCGUUAUUACAGGAUCUGCUUUGGAGCAGCUUAAAACCUACCUCCAUAAGUCAGCGAAUGACAUAGCGAUGAUCAUCGGUGUAUCCAUUCCAAUGAAGGCAACUUUUUUCAUAACGUAUGUAAUGGUUGAUGGUUGGACUGGUAUAGCUGGUGAAAUAUUGAGAUUGAGGCCACUGAUAUUCUUCCAUUUGAAGAACUUUUUCUUGGUAAAAACUGAAAAGGACAGAGAAGAGGCAAUGGAUCCUGGUAGUAUCUGCUUCGACUCAAGUGAACCUCGAAUACAGCUAUACUUCUUGCUUGGCCUUGUUUAUGCUGCAGUGACACCAUUCUUGCUUCCGUUCAUAUUGGUAUUCUUUGGGUUCGCAUAUGUUGUUUACCGCCACCAGAUAAUAAAUGUGUACAAUCAGCAAUAUGAGAGCGGCGCACAGUUCUGGCCAAGCGUCCAUGGUCGUAUAAUCACAGCGUUGAUCAUAUCACAACUGCUGCUCCUUGGACUAUUGGGCACGAAAGAUUCGGAGGAGUCGACGCCUGCGCUGCUUGUUCUUCCUGUGUUGACCUUUUGGUUUUACAAGUACUGCAAGCACCGCUAUGAGCCUGCUUUUGUGAGGAACCCCCUACAGGAAGCAAUGCGGAAGGACACCCUGGAACGUGCUCGGGAGCCCAACUUGGAUGUGAAGGCGUACCUGGCGAAGGCGUACCGGAACCCGGUGUUCAAGGCCGACGAGGAGGAUCACAACUACUCGGUGGUGGAUGACGACGAUGCCUGGAUGGAUGAGGAGGUGAUGGUGCCGACCAAGCGGCAUUCCCGGCGGACCACGCCCGCCCAGAGCAAGCAGGACUCGCUGUCUGUGCCGGAGACUGUGCAUGAACGACGAUGAUAGCAGUAGCAGCUCAGCUAGACGAGGUCAUACAUACAGACUGAUACAGGGAAGAGAGAUGAAUAUUUCUACUCGACUAGUCGGUGUACAGACUGAAAGCCAAAACUUUGAUCACCGGAUGAUCUUCAGUCAUGGCAUGCCACCUGACAAGCAUCGAAUGACCAUCUCUGCUCCGUGAGAGAUCCAUGCCUGGCUCCCAAGCUCAGAAUAGUAGAUCGUAGUCCUCCCAGAAUAUUACCUUGUCUGAUCAUGCAGCUAGCCACUUGCAGGCUGCAUCAUACUGUAUAUAUGGUACUGUAUGAAGUUUGUUGCUGCACCAUCUGAUCAGACAUGGGAGUGAAAACCUCCACGAUUCCUCGUCC